AUGGAGGCUCAGAAAUACUUUCUCUCUCCCCACCACUCUCUCUCUCUCACUCACUCUCUUUCUCUUUCACUCUCUUUCUCUCUCACUCACUCUCUUUCUCUUUCACUCUUUCUCUUUCACUCUCUUUUUCUUUAUCUCUCUUUCUCUCUCUCUCAUUCACUCUCUCUCACACUCUUUCUCUCACUAAUUCUCACUCUCACAAUCUUUCUCUCUCUUUCUCUCUCUCUUUCUCUCUGUUUCUUUCUCUCAUUCACACACUCUCACAAUCUUUCUCUCUCUUUUUCUCUCUCUCAUUCAUCCUCUCUCACUCUCUUUCUCUCUCACUCACUCUCUUUCUCUUUCACUCUUUCUCUUUCACUCUCUUUUUCUUUAUCUCUCUUUCUCUCUCUCUCAUUCACUCUCUCUCACACUCUUUCUCUCACUCAUUCUCUCUCACUCACUCUCACAAUCUUUCUCUCUUUCUCUCUCUCUCUCUUUCUCUGUUUCUUUCUCUCAUUCACACACUCUCACAAUCUUUCUCUCUCUUUUUCUCUCUCUCAUUCAUCCUCUUUCUCUCUCAUUCACUCUCUCUCACUCUCUCUCUCUCUCUUUCUCUCUCUCUCUCUCUCUCUCUCUCUCUCUUUCCCCACGGGAUUUAUUUCCACGCUUUCCUUCAUUUUACCUUUUUUUUCUCAUUUCUAUCAUUACUUCUCAUUUAUUAUUUUCUUUCCUUCUAUUCUUUCUUUUCUAUUUCUUUUACCCUUUUUUCCUUGCUUCCACGCAUUCUAUCCCAAUACCUUCCAUCCAAUUCUGUCUUUAACCAUUUUUUUCAUCGAUACAUUCAUUCAUUCCUUCUUUUUGUUGUUUCUUUCUAUCCAUUUCUUUCGUUAUUUCUUAGUUUCCUUUCUUAACUUCAUUUUUUUCUUCAUUUCCUUCAUUCUCAAGUCUCUUUCUUUAUUUUUUUUCAUAACUCCUUCAUUCCUUCCUUCCAUCAUUCCUUCAUUUUGUCUCUUCUUUCUUUCCCUCUUUCGUUUUCCUCUCUUCCUUCCAUCCACUCUUUCCCUUUAUUUCGUUCUUCCUUAUAUUCCUUCCUUCUGUCCUUCAUUCUUUCUUUCCUUCUUUUUGUCGUUUCUUUCUUUACUUUCCUAUUUCGUUCCUUCCUUCUUUCCUUCCUUCUUUCCUUCCUUCUUUCCUUCCUUCUUUUUAUCUUCCUUCCUUCUUUCUUUCCUUCUUUCCUUCCUUCUUUUUGUCGUUUUUUCUUUACUUUCCCCUAUUCCGUUAAUCCUUAUUUUACUUUUUCAGUUCCUUCCUUUCAUCUUACCAUCCUUCUUUCCUUCCUUCAUUCCUCAUCUUUGUCGUUUCUUUCUUUACAUUCCUCUUUUUUGUUAUUCCUUAUUUUCCUUUUUCUGUCCCUUCCUUUCAUCCUACAUACCUUCUUUCCUUCCUUCCUGCCUUCUGUCGUUUCGUCUCUUUAUUUCGCUUUUCAUUAUUUUCAUAUUCUUCCUUCUUUCUUGUACACAUUGCUCCCCGUUAACAUUCAUUUUUGCUUCUUUCCUUUUUUUUAAUCUUUCUUUCUCGUUCCUUUUCCUUCCGUUCUUCUUUCUUUCUUGCCUUUUAUUGUUUCUUUCUUUUCCUUUGACAUUUAUUUCGUUCAUCCUUAAAUUCCUUUCUUUACUUUCUAUUUUUUUUAAAUUCUUUCUGUUGUUUAUUUCUUUAUUUCGUCUUAUAUUUCCUUUAAUCACUUCCUUCCUCUCUUCCUUCAUCUCUUUCUUCCUUCAUACUGAUUUUUCUCUCUUUCCUUUUUUCUUCUUCCUUUCUUCCUUCUGCCGUUUUUUCUUGCCAUAUUUCAUUCCUAUUCAAUUACUUUCCUUCCUUACUUCCACCCGUCUUCUCUUAUUUCCCUUUGUUUCAUUCUUCCUUCCUUUCAUCAUUACACCCUUUUCCAUCUGUUUUUUUUUCAUUCCAUUUAUUUCCUUCUUCCUUCUUCCUUCCGUCCUUCCUUCCUUCUUUCUAACUUUCCUUCUUUCUUUCCGUUUUCCUUUCUUUUUUCCCUUCAUUUCGUUCUUCCUUCCUUCUCGUCGUCCAUCAUACUUUCCUUUGUCGUUUCUUUCUAAUUCUUUCUUUCUUACCUUUUAUUUUUUUCGUUUUUCUUUCAUUCUUCCUUUCUUCCGUGCGUCUGUCUUAACUUCCCCGUUUCUUUCCUUCCAUCUUUUCUUCCAUUCAUUCCAUUUGUGA